ACUCUCUGGUAUUCGAUUCAGUCAGUUAUCAAUCUCUUUUUGGUGCGAAAAGUUCAAGCGAAAUGACCUCAGAAAGCAAAAUGAUUGUGCUCUUCCUUAUCGGUUGUGUGAUCAUGCAGACAAUCAUCGCACGUCCCUUCGAUAAAUUCAGCAGGGAGGAUGAUGAACGGCUCAACGAGGUUAGCGGAGAGUGGUUCAAAAAGCCCAUCCUUAGGUUGGAUAGGCUCUUUAGUAGCGGCGAAAAACCGACGGAAAGCCGGAAAGAGGUGGUCAGACCGACUAGAAGUGAUAAGCGUGAAACCACGGAGAGCUCCAAGCACGCCUACUCCAUGAUCACCUCAAUGCUUGGAUUUGUCAGCAGUGUGAUCAACUUUGGCAGAUCCUUCGUCAUGGAUCAGUAGAAAAUAUCCUAAGCUAAUGAAACUAUUUAUUUAAAUGUAUAAGAAAAGUUUGGUGAAUCCACUUCCCAAAUGUUAUAGCUGUAAAUAAAUUCCAAGAUAGUAAAA